AUGUGGAAGGGUCCAAGUCUAGCCAGUCUUUUAUCCUUGUACUUUCUGCCAUCGUGUUUGGCCAUGUUUCUUUACGUUUCAUCUUAUUCCGGCAUAGUUACCACGCUAAAUCUUACCUUGCCUGAUCCGAACGCUUCUUCCGUUUCCACUGCACUUGAAAGCAUCUCGGGCUCGGCUGGCUGCGCUCUAGUCCCGGCAUGGCUGACUCUACAAGCCGCCAGCAGGACCCUAUACUGUCUUGACAGGGGAUCAUCUGCACGCUCGGGGUCACUAUCGUCAUUUCAGGUAAAUGACGAUGGCAGUUUGACUCAACUUGAUCGAGUUGACAUGAUCUUUGGAGCAGUGAGCUCCGUGAUUUACGGCGAUAGCGAUGCAAAAGCAGGACUCGCUGUAGCGCAUUAUACGAGCUCCAGUUUCAGUACAUUCGAUAUUUCAGAUCCAGCUACAUUAAAGCCGCUGCAGAAUGAAACAUUUGCUCUUUCUCAGCCCGGUCCAAACUCACCUCAACAGGAUGCGUCACACCCUCAUCAGGCCAUACUCGACCCCACGGGAGGAUAUAUAAUUGUCCCAGACUUGGGAGCGGACCUCGUUCGGGUCUUCAAGAUCGACGGACUUGGAUAUACUGCAUUAGACCCUGUGAUUGCCAGUCCUGGCUCUGGCCCCCGACAUGCCACAUUCCUAGCUACUGGGGGAAAGACCUACAUGUAUCUAAUCAGUGAGAUUUCAAACACCAUUACUGGAUACACUGUUGGCUAUAGCGACUCGACCCUGGAUUUUAAAGAGUUCUUUUCGAUCAGCACCCUCGGACCGAAUAAUCCCGUGCCAGAUGGGACUACAGCGGCAGAAAUUACAUUAUCGCCCGAUAACAGGUUUUUGAUCGUUUCUUCCCGCGGAGAUAACGGCUUUAGGAUACCCCACUUCGACAUAAAAAAUGGUACUCAGAUCGUUUCUGAUGCCAUUAUCACGUACAAUGUCGAUCAUAGCUCUGGCGAACUGUCAUAUCUGCAGUCAUUUCCUGCUGGUGGCCGAGUUCCACGCCAAUUCUCCAUUAACAAAGCCGGAAAUUUGUUGGCAGUUGGGCUACAGUCAGACAGCCGUGUCGUAGUCAUAGAACGUGAAGUCAACAGUGGUCUACUGCAAAGGUUUAUAGCUAGUGAAACAGUGGCUGGAGAGGUUACUUCUGUGAUUUUCGACGAAUGA